GUUUGCAUGUAACCUGGCAAAGAAAACCUCAUCGCCAUUUUGUUUCAGUUCGGACCCUGAACUUAGAUAUUGCCAGAUUGUAGUUGAAAACACCGCCCCGGAAGAUAAUUUAGACAAUUUCUGUGCCAUAAUGGACAGAAACACAGUCAGAUAUGAAGUGUUACAUGAGGAGGAAGAAAGGGUACCAGCUGAACCUGUUGCUAUGGCAAUGGUGAUUCCUCCUCCACCAUAUGAAGCAGAAGGUGCUGUCAAUACAGAAAACACUGCAUUUCAAGGACCUAAAUUACCAAGCUAUGAUGAUGCCACCAAUUUACCAUCUUAUGAUGAAGCUGAAAGAAGUAAACUUGAAGAACUUCAACGACUUCAAGAAGAGGAUUCACAGGUUGAUCCAGAAGAUAAUUUACGUCAGUCAAAUAAUGCCGACAGGAUGUCAGAUAUUGCCAUAGGAACAGAUGGCAUGUUUAUUUGUACCUUUGUUGUGGCAUUUUUGUUUAACUGGGUUGGUUUUUUAUUGUCUCUGUGUAUAUCAAAUUCAGUAGCAGGCCGAUGUGGUGCAUUGUCAGGAUUAGGUCUCUCCAUUGUAAAAUGGGUGGCUAUUGCCAAACAUAAUAAUUGGGCUGAUGAUUUUGCUGGAGGUGAUUCAUGGUUAUGGUGGUUAUUGGUUGUCUGUGGGUUUUUGCUGUUUAUCCGUGGUUCGAUACAAUAUGUACGUGUCAAGUACGAGAUGAACAGACUAACAGGUCAACUGCGUCAAUAUCGUUUGAUCUAGUCAUUCAACAGAUUCUUGUAAUUAACAAAUCUUUGUAUUAAGUGAUCUUCAGUUAACUAACAUCAAUUUACACAAUUUACACUUCGAAAAAUUAUCAAGUCAUCUUGAAUUUUAAGAAAUAUUUAUUAAUCAUCAAUUUAUUGUCAACUGAUCUAUGAUAAAUUAGGGUGGAUAUAUUAUGAUUAUGGUGAUUAAGGAAUUUUUAUUGCUCUUAAUUUUUUUUAAUGAAAAAUAGAAUAAUUUGAAGAGUUUUAUUGUAUGUAUGGAAAUAUAUCAUGCUUUCGUGCUCAGAAAUAUGAAAAUUAGUACUGAGCAGACACGAGCCUGUUCAGAUCAAUUAAUUAUUUAAAUGAUUUAUCUAGAUGUAUUAUGUUUGUCAACACGAGAGAGUCAUACUUGGAUAAUACGUUACUAUGUACAGUUUUAGUUUUAAACAAUCUGCAAUGUACAAAUUGCUGGGGUUUUUUUUGUUUUUUUUUUUGCUUAAUUAAUAUGCGGGCGAUAUAGUAUCGUAAAUGUGUCACUUACUUUGACUUGAGUCUUAUUGGUUUUAGGUACGACUCAUGUAUGUAUUAUAGGCAAAUCUAGAAAUAAGGAACCUGUCAGACAUGAUUUGGCACCAAUUCAGGCUUUGUCUAUCAUUUUGUCUGGCUCAGAUUUCUUGGUUUUAUCAUGUUUUUAUUGAUAUUAUAAAUACAUGUCUGGCAAAAAGUAUAAAAUGUCAGAUAGUAGUCUGUCAUUAUAUUAUUUCCAGGCAUGGUAUAUGAAACAGAUUGGUCAAAGUUCAACUUAAAGAUGCAUUAUGUAAGAGCUAAAUCUGCCUAUAUUACAGGGUUUUUUUGUCUUCAAAUAUUUUAUAAAUUUUAAUUCUGACAGUUAUUCACAUGACAAAGUUAAAAUCAACUCUCUAGAACAUUUGAUUUAAAGAUGGAGAACAUUGCUGUGAUAAUAAACAAUCUAAGUCCAAACUAGACAUUUAUAAUGUCGCUCAGAAUAAAGUAAUUUGAAUGAAAUUUUCAAUAUAUUAAUUUUUCAUUAUCUAUUUUGGUACUAUAGCAAGAACGAACAGCUCUAUAUCUAAAUCUUACAUAAUGCAUCUUUAAUAAUUUAUAUGGAUGUUUUUCUGUAAGUUUACUUACAUGCAUAAAAUUUUGAUACUUUGAUAUUUAAUACUUAAUAGCUUAAUAUGAGAUCGUUUUAAAAUGGCUGUGGCUUUUGUUUUUUUUAGUGCAAUUUAUAUGAAAAGCUUGUUUCCAAAAUGAGAUAUUUUACAUUUUUUGUGAAGAACAGAACGGAAAUAUUAGUAAAACAAUAUUUGAUUUUUGCCUUUUUAGGCAAGAUAGAUACUUUUACAUAGUUAAAAAGGUAUUGUAGGAAGGUUCUUAUUGGAAUGAUAUCUACACCCAGAGAGGAGACAACAUAGUCUGUUCCUCAAUCAAUUUUGAAUAAAAUAGAAUAUUGUUUAUAUAAAAAAAAAUGAUGUUUAUGCUUAUAUAAUGAGAAAGAUAUGUAGAAGGUUCAAAUUGUAAUGAUGAUAAAAAAAAAAUAUAUAUAAAUGAAGGUUAUCUCUGUUUGGAAAAGACCCUUCUUUUGUUAUUUUCUGCAUCCAUGGCAAUGUAAGAAGUUUGUUAUAUAGAUAUGAGUAAAUAACUGGAUAUAAAGAGUAAAUUAACCCAAUAACAAAUAAUUGGUGGUACCUACAGGUAAUUAUUUCACAUUGGUGAUGGCUAACAUCUAAUAUUGGAGAAUGUAUAGGAAUAGUGAGACUAUUCAGAAGGGGACUGCUUCUCUGUAGCUAGAUGGUGACUUUAUAAAACCUUAUAUUAGCAAAGAUUUAUAAAGUAAACACGCCUAAAGUUUCAUACAUUUAUGGUGGUUCCAGUGGUGUACAGAUACUGUGUCAUGCCAGGGGGGUCAACCCAAGACUCGAGUAUAGGUUGGGUCUGGGGGGUCCUAGUAUUCAGCAAUAUUUGACAAAGGAAGACAUUCUAAAUAUGUAAAAACUGAUAAAAUAAACUUUACAUUUAAAUUAAGUAGAACAGCAUUUACACCAGUUAACAAGGAUAAUAGUAAAUUUAUAAAAAAAAAAAUAAUUCUAAUGUUAUUCUGAUUUGGAUGUCCCCCAGGGCUUGUCCCCAUCACCCCCCUGCACACCAUUGUGAGAGUUGUUGACAUGUAUACUUUUAUGUAUCAGAAGUCUUACAGCAGAUGUAUUUCAUAGUUGUGGUUCUUAUGGCAUCUCGUUACCGGUUGUACAAUAGAAUUAAAAGAUUUUGUGAAUGUAAUUAUUUAUUGUCAUAUAAAACUAAUAUGGAUGUAUAGAUUAUUUGUAUGUAUUCUAUUUGUGUAUAUAAUUUUUUCAUGAUGUAAAAAGCUUCUACUAUUA